ACAAAAAAAACAGAGGCGUGUGUACGUGUGUGUUUGUGUGAGACAGAGAGACACAGACAGCGGUAUUUCGCCGUCGGUCGUCUCGGUGAAUGCGAGCUGUGCGGUGCGUGACAGACGGUGGGAUGAGUCGCAGGUGAGACGCGCCGCGCGCUCGUUGCUGCCGCGGAACGGCAGGAAGCGGCUCAGGGGGCUUAAAUCAUCACAUGCAGCUGCAGCGAGGCCCUGAGUGAGAGCAGCUCUGGAUUUUACUUCACAGGACCGGGCAAGGCUGAAGCAUCCCAGGUAAACCUGUUUCAGUGCCAGUUUCCUCCCUCUGCCUGGCAGACGUCAGAGUGACAGGGUCCAUGGAGGAGCUGGAGCCAGAGGAGCAGUUCCUCCACUGUGCCCGGAAUGGAGAUCUGCCGGGGAUUCAGAGGCUCCUCAUGUCCAAGAUCAGGGAACAAACGCACAUCAACAUCAAUUGCAAAGGUAAGAGUAAGUCUAACCUGGGAUGGACCCCUCUUCACUUGGCUUGUUACUUUGGACACAGAGAUGUGGUGGAGGAAUUGCUUAAGGCGGGGGCAGAUGUUAACUUGCCCAAUAAUAUCGGAGAUACACCGCUGCACAAAGCCGCCUUCACAGGAAGAAAGGAGGUUGUCAUGCUGCUGCUGCACUAUGAUGCAUGCGCUACUGUCAUCAAUGGGACAGCACAGAUUCCCAAAGAUGUCACUCAAAAUGCAGAGAUCAGAAGCAUGUUGGAAGCGGCUGAACGAACAGAGGAGAGAAAGCUGGAGGAGAAACUUUUGGAAGCUGCACGAGAAGGAGACUUUUCAACCCUAACUCAGCUGCUCAGCAGGAAGAAGCCUCCGGACAUCAACUGCACAGAUCUGCUGGGUAACACUCCGCUGCACUGUGCAGCCUAUCGAGGCCAGAGGCAGUGUGCCCUGAAGCUGCUCAAGAAUGGAGCCAGCCCCAACAUCAAGAACAAGAAUGGCCAGACAGUGUUUGACCUGGCCAGCGAUACAGCAAUGAAGCAGGUCCUUGAAGGCAGCGUUCAUCGAGGUAUGACCCACCAUGUCAGGAAACACGAAGGACUCCUGUGGAAGAGCUCCAGAUUUUUUGGCUGGCGUUCCUACUGGGUCACCCUUCAGGAUGGGGUUUUGUCCUGGUACUCAAAACAGUCAGAUGCAGCUUCUAAUACCAGAAGGCAAGGCUGUAAGUCUCUGACAAACGCCCACUGCUUGAUCCCGGCCAAAGAUAACUGCCUUUUUACCCUCAAGUGCUUUGAUGACAGCGUGCAUCACUUCAAGGUGUCGCCCAAAAACGAUCCAGAGGCGACGAGAAAAACGUGGCUGGAUGCACUGGAGGAGCACUCGGCUUACAGCACACACUACUGCUCCCAAGAGCAGGGCAGCGAGGAGGAGGAGGAGGAAGUGAUGUCACUUGGGGAGUUAGCAGACUCACUACAGGCAGCGGAGGCCAGCCAAAAGAAGCUGGAGAAGGAGGUGGCAGCUUUCCUGUCCAUGCUGAAAAAUGAGAGGCUGGCAGAAAGCUUUCCAUCCACCAUACUGCAGAAAAUGCAAGAAAUAUGUGCAUUGACCAGUGAGACCAGUUCCAGUCUCAGUGUCUGUCUCAGUCUCUACUCCAGACAGGAAGGGGUGUGCAGUCUGAAAUUGGAGCAGGAGGUAGAGAAGAAUAAGAUCCUCUCCGAAGCACUGCAGACUCUGGCCACGGAGCACCACGAACUUGAGCAAUCCGUCGUCAAGGGAUCUUCACCGCGGAGUGCCCUCAGCGAGGAUGAGUUCCACGACGCCGUGUCUGAAUCGGACUCGGAGGUCUCCCUGAGCGGCUUUGAGACGGUGGCCAGCCAUUCCUUUGAGGAGGACGAGGAGGAGGACGAAGGCUCUGUCAUGUUAAGCAGCCCUUGCAGCAGCCCCACCAGCAUGUUGCAGGAGGAUCACCAUGGCGACAAGGACGAGGCUCAGCCCAAUGGGAUCACAAAGCAUAGAACCAGCUUACCCGCGCCGAUGUUUUCAAGAAAUGACUUCAGCAUUUGGAGUAUCCUGAGGAACUGCAUCGGAAUGGAACUGUCCAAGAUCACGAUGCCAGUGAUUUUCAACGAGCCGCUCAGUUUCCUGCAGCGUCUGACAGAGUACAUGGAGCACACAUACCUCAUCCACCAGGCCAACGCCUCUUCAGACUCUAUUGAGAGAAUGAAGUGUGUGGCUGCAUUUGCUGUGUCAGCGGUGGCCUCCCAGUGGGAGCGGACAGGUAAACCCUUCAACCCCCUGCUGGGAGAAACUUAUGAACUGGUCAGAGAGGAUCUGGGCUUCAGGCUCAUAUCCGAGCAGGUGAGCCACCACCCACCGGUCAGUGCCUUCCACGCUGAGGGCCUGAAACAAGACUUUGUCUUUCAUGGAUCCAUUUACCCCAAACUCAAAUUCUGGGGCAAGAGUGUGGAAGCUGAACCGAAAGGUGUCAUCACGCUGGAGCUGCCCAAGUACAAUGAAGCCUACACAUGGACAAAUCCUACAUGUUGUGUUCACAACAUCAUUGUGGGCCAACUGUGGAUUGAGCAGUAUGGAAAUGUAGAAGUGAUCAACCACAGAACUGGAGAAAGGUGCUUCCUGAAUUUCAAGCCAUGUGGCCUUUUUGGCAAAGAACUGCACAAAGUUGAAGGGUAUAUUCUGGAUAAAAGCAAAAAGAAGCUUUGUGCUCUCUAUGGGAAAUGGACAGAGUGCCUGUAUGUUGUUGACCCUGCUGGCUUUGAAGCACAUAAGAAAAAUGACAAGAAGGGGGCAGAAGAGAAAAAGGGCAGCAAAGCGGGCUGCAGUGAGGAUCAGGAGGAGGUUCCCUCACCAGCUGCAGACACUGUGCAGGUGAUUCCUGGCAGCCAGCUGCUGUGGAGAAUCGCACCAAGACCAGCCAACUCUACCCAGAUGUACAGCUUCACAUCCUUUGCAAUGCAGCUGAACGAGCUGCAUAAGGAGAUGGAGGGAGUGAUUCCUCUGACGGACUGCAGGCUGAGACCGGAUAUACGAGCCAUGGAGAACGGUGACAUCGAUCACGCCAGUGAGGAGAAGAAGAGGCUUGAGGAAAAACAAAGAGCUGCUCGCAAAAACCGCUCCAAAUCUGAUGAGGAGUGGAAAACAAGGAGUCCUGCCCUGGGCCCGAGGUGGUUUCAACAGGGACAAAACCCCUACAACAACUCCCAGGACUGGCUCUUUUCUGGUGGAUACUGGGACAGGAAAUACAGCCAGCUACCAGACAUUUACUAAUGGACAUUUCCUGCACAGAACAGUUUUGUUUUUUUUGUUUUUUUAAUUGAACAACUACUUUAACUACAAGCAAUAUGAAAACAGUGUACUUAAACUGCGUGGCCUUAAUCUACUUUAAAAUGUUAAAACUGUCAAUAAUCAAUAUUUAAAAGUUCUAAAAUGUGAAGUUGUUUGACAGUGCUUUGAAAUGUAACAUUUGUAUUUAUAUUGAAACCUGAUUGUUUCUCUUCACGAUGGACUUUUAGCACAAUGGAGAGGUGCUGAUGCACAGGGGUUCAUGGUUUUAGCGUCCAUCGGUCAUAUUUUAAAUGUUCAUAAUAGUGUUUUGAGUCUGUACAUCUGUAUAUAUCCUUUACACACAUUCAGCCGUCAAUGACCUCAUGGUGUUCACAUUUCCUCUGGAUUCGGACCACUAACAGUUCAUUUAAUAUGAGGUUGAUGUGGGUGUUAUUUCUCCUGAUUUUGCCUUGUAAAAAACAAAAAAAAAAGUAUUUUUUCUAUAUCACUGUUACACUUGUAAAUUGACAUUAAGAAUUUACCAGCA